AUGAGAUGCAAAAUUCUUAAUCUCUUCAGAUCUAUAUCAAAUUCUUCAAAUAACAAUGUAAUCAUCCAGAUUUUCGGUGUUCUUAAAGAAUGGAUAUUAAUAGUCCUUUCAAAUGUUAUAUUUCCAAAUUCUACAAUAUCUGGACUGAAUAUAAUUGGAUAUGGUAUUGCACUAUGCAGAGUUAUGAUAUACAGUUAUAUAAAGAUCAGGAUGUCCGAGCUUACUAAGUAA